ACUCGGCUCAAGCCACAGGCAGCUGGGUUCUGUUUUUUGCUAAGUGCAGCCCUGCCGGAUUUCAGGACCUCUGACUUGAGAUUCAACCCCCGAUUAUUCUCGGUGCGCCUCUGUGCCCAUUUACUCACAUUAGAAGACCUGUUUAUUGCCGUCUUAUUCCAGCCUCCUCACGUAAGGCUGGUGAUGUGCAUAGGGUUUCUUAUCGCACUGACGGCAAGGCUUUGCCAGUGAUUUGCCUUCCUCCCAAAGUUUGAAAACCGGCGAAACUUCCGUCCACAACAGUGCACUACCCUUGGCAACAGUGAUUUACCGUGAAAGGCUGCUGGGAGGCUGAGCAAGCAUACAAAUAAAAAUUUACAUUUUUUUCCUGCAAGGAACCCAAGGUGGCUUACCUAAACCUCCUGCUCUUCUCCAGUUUAUCCUCACAACGACCCUCUAAGAUCUCCGGCAAACAGAGCUCUUGCCUAAGGCAGCAAGAAACUUCAACCUUUUCUUAAAGCCUAUGCAUUAAAGCAGGCGGUAUACAGGAGAACACCUCCCAAGGCCAGCUGUCCAAGAUGACUAACAUAUCCUAUCACAUCUCCAACCUCUUGGAGAAGAUGACAUCCACCGACAAAGAUUUUAGGUUUAUGGCUACCAACGACCUGAUGAUGGAGCUGCAGAAAGAUUCCAUAAAGCUAGAUGAAGACAGCGAAAAAAAAGUUGUGAAAAUGCUUCUAAAAUUGCUUGAGGACAAAAAUGGGGAGGUGCAAAACCUCGCUGUCAAAUGUUUGGGCCCUUUGGUGAGCAAAGUGAAAGAAUAUCAAGUGGAAACUAUUGUUGAUACGCUCUGUACAAACAUGUUAUCUGAUAAGGAGCAGCUCCGAGACAUUUCCAGUAUUGGGUUGAAGACUGUCAUUUCUGAGUUGCCUCCUCCGUCAACAGGUUCCACCAUGACAGCUAAUGUAUGCAAAAAAAUAACAGCUCAACUGACAGGAGCCAUUGGAAAGCAGGAAGAUGUGUCUGUGCAACUGGAAGCUCUUGACAUCUUGUCUGACAUUUUGAGCAGGUUAGGGGGGACUCUGUACUCCUUCCAUUCCUCCAUCCUGAACUGCCUCCUCCCUCAGCUCACAAGUCCCAGGCUGGCUGUGCGCAAAAGGGCCAUCAUCGCACUGGGUCAUCUGGUCUUGACUUGCAAUGGAAACAUCUUUGCAGAGCUCAUGGAGCACUUGUUAGCAGAACUGAAGAGGAAUAAUUCCACUUCCACUACAAGAACAUACAUACAAUGUAUUGCUGGCAUCAGUAGGCAGGCUGGACACCGCAUAGGAGACUAUCUGGAGAAGAUGAUCCCAUUAAUAGUGCAGUACUGCAACGUUGAGGAUGAUGAGCUGAGGGAAUACUGCUUCCAAGCCUUUGAGUCUUUCGUGAGAAGGUGUCCCAAAGAAAUUGGCCCUCACCUUCCUAGUGUGACAGGGUUGUGCCUCAAGUACAUCACUUAUGACCCAAACUACAACUAUGACAACGAGGAAGAAGAUGAAGAAGAAAUGAUGGAAACUGAAAAUGGGGAAGAUGAAGAACAAGAAAGCGAUGAUGAGUAUAGCGAUGAUGAUGACAUUAGCUGGAAGGUUCGCAGGUCUGCGGCCAAGUGCCUUGAGGCCAUAGUCAGUACCAGGCAUGACCUACUGCAAGAUUUCUACAAAACGCUCUCGCCAGCUUUAAUAAGCAGAUUUAAGGAAAGGGAGGAGAACGUUAAAGCGGACAUCUUCUGUGCAUAUAUCUCUCUGCUGAAGCAAACCCUGCCCAUUCAGAGCUGGCUGCAUGCUUCUGAUGAAGGAAGCAAGGAGGAUAUACCCCUCACCAUGCUUCAGAACCAGGUUCCAAACAUCAUCAAGGCCUUGCACAAGCAGCUCAAAGAGAAGAGCGUCAAGUCAAGGCAGGGAUGCUUCACGCUCUUGACCGAACUGGCAAAUGUUCUCCCUGGCUGUCUUGCUGAUCACAUCCCCGCACUAGUGCCUGGAAUUGUUUUCUCUUUGACGGAUAAGUCCAGCUCCUCCAACAUGAAGAUUGAUACCCUAUCUUUCCUUCAUGUUGUUCUCUGCAACCACGCCCGGGAAGUAUUCCACCCCCAUGUUAAGGCACUGCUGCCACCAGUUGUGGCUUGCAUAGGAGAUCCCUUUUACAAGAUAACAUCUGAAUCUCUGCUAGUCACCCAGCAGCUUGUGAAAGUCAUUCGGCCCCUGGAUGUGCCUUGUACAUUUGAAGCCAAACCUUACGUGAGAGACCUAUUCUCUGCUACUCUAAAGAGGCUGAAAGCAGCUGACAUUGAUCAGGAGGUGAAGGAACGAGCUAUCUCUUGCAUGGGACAGAUAGUUUGCAACCUUGGAGAUUACCUAAGCAGCGAUCUCCAGCCAACCUUGAAGAUCUUUCUGGAGAGGCUGAAAAAUGAAAUAACUAGGCUGACCACAGUCAAAGCGCUCACUUUGAUUGCUAGCUCUCCCCUCAAAAUAGACUUAAGGCCUAUUCUUGCAGAAGGAUUCCCCAUUUUGGCUUCCUUCUUGCGGAAGAAUCAGCGAGCAUUGAAACUGAGUACCUUGACGGCUCUGGAUAUCUUGAUCAAGAAUUACAGCGAUAGCCUCAAGCCAGCCAUGAUCGAAUGUGUUCUGAUGGAGCUUCCUGACUUAAUUAGUGAGAAUGAUAUGCAUGUUUCUCAGGUGGCUAUCAAUUUCCUUACAACCUUAGCAAAGGUGUAUCCCUCUUCCCUGUCCAAAAUCAGUGGGACUGUUUUGUCAGAGCUUUUUCAACUUGUUUAUUCACCUUUGAUGCAAGGGGGAGCCCUGAAGGCCAUUGUCGACUUCUUUCAAGCACUGGUUGUCACCAAGACAGUCAACAUGAGUUAUGCUGAACUGCUGAAGCAGCUGACAGGCCCAAUCUACUCCUCAAGCCCUGGUGGGGUAUCCAUAAGUUUACACAAGCAGGCCUAUCACUCGGUUGCUAAAUGUGUAGCUGCCCUUUCUUCUGUAUGUCCCAAAGAAGCCCCAGGGGUUGUAAGCCAGUUCAUCCAAGAUGUGAAGAAUCCUAAGUCAAGUGCAGCUGUGAAAAUGCUGGCCUUUCUUUCUCUGGCUGAAAUUGGCCGCACCACGAACCUCAGUGCUCAGAAGGAGCUAAAAGCUGUGAUCCUGGAUGCCUUUGCUUCACCCAGUGAAGAGGUGAAAUCAGCUGCUUCCUACGCUCUUGGGAACAUCAGUGUUGGUAGCCUGAAAGAAUACCUCCCCUUCAUGCUCAAAGAAAUUGGAGGUCAGCCAAAGCGGCAAUACCUGUUGCUCCACUCCCUGAAGGAAGUAAUCAGCGCCUCCCCUGCAGACAGCCUGAAACCCUACGUCGAGGACAUCUGGGCCUUACUCUUCAAGCACUGUGAAUGCACGGAGGAAGGGACGCGUAACGUCGUGGCUGAAUGCCUGGGGAAACUGACUGUCGUGAAUCCUUCUCAGCUGCUGCCCAGGCUGAAAAAACAGCUGUCUUCAGGUUCCCCAUAUGCUAGAAGCACAGUAGUUACGGCAAUCAAAUUCACAAUUUCAGAUCAUCCACAGCCCAUUGAUCCUCUACUGAAAGGAUGCAUAGGGGACUUCUUGAAAACACUCCAGGAUCCUGAUUUGAAUGUUCGGCGUGUUUCACUAGCCAUGUUUAAUUCUGCUGCUCACAACAAGCCUUCUCUGAUCCGAGACCAGCUCAGCACAGUCCUUCCCCACCUGUACAAUGAAACGAAGGUUCGCAGGGAGCUCAUACGAGAGGUAGAGAUGGGGCCAUUCAAACACACAGUUGAUGAUGGCCUGGAUGUGAGGAAAGCUGCUUUUGAGUGCAUGUACACACUUUUGGAAAGCUGCCUUGACAGACUGGACAUUUAUGAGUAUUUAAAUCAUGUGGAAGAUGGCUUGAAAGAUCAUUAUGACAUCAGGAUGUUGACUUUCAUUAUGUUGGCUCGCUUAUCAACACUUUGUCCUAAUGCAGUUCUACAAAGAUUAGAGCGACUUGUUGAGCCCCUGAGGGCAACGUGCUCUACUAAGGUAAAAGCUGGUUCUGUGAAACAAGAAUUUGAGAAGCAAGAUGAACUGAAGCGCUCAGCAAUGAGGGCAGUAGCUGCUCUAUUAACCAUCCCUGAUGUAGAUAAGAGCCCAGUAAUGGCUGAAUUUUCUUCCCAAAUCAGAGCCAACCCUGAAAUGUCUUCACUUUUUGAAAGCAUUCAGAAGGAUUCUACUUCACUAUCUACCACAGAUUUGAUGGACAUGAGUUAAAAUUCCUUUGUGCUGUUCUUUGGCAUUCUACAAUCCACUGUACUCUUGCAAGUGGAAAAUCAAAUUCUGAAGCUGAUUUUAGAUACAGAUGCCAUUUUAAAAAUGGCGACUAUUUCUACUGAAACAGGCAUGAUUUCAAACAUGAUAAAAGUGAUGUCUAGUUCUGUUGAUAGCAAUAGGACACCAUCACUUUUAAGUUGUCUAUUAGGUCCUAUGUUGAAAUAGUCAUGAAUUUCUGCCAAAAUGUAUGCAUUGACUCUAGCUGCUUUUAACUAGAGUAUUGAUAUGUAUUUACUGUCACUGAAAUGAUGGCAUGAUAGCAUUUUUAAAGCAAUGGUGACAGUCUUGCUGUAUCUAAGAUCAAGUUAAUGGCUACUGAGCUUUCAUCAUCACCUUGGUUAAGUAGUGGCUUUCAUGUGUGCUAUAUUGACUUAAGUGACUUUUAUAGUUGCAUACAAUGCAUUAAAGCUAUUGCCCUGACCUUUUAAAAAUCUCAAUGUCAAACUUUGGAAGAAACCCAACUGUCUUCUGGGAUGGAAUGCCUUAUGUUUAAUAACCAUAAUUUCAAUCUGUUCCUGCACCAUUCUCAAACACAGUUGUUGCUUCCUGUAUGCACCCUAUGGCUAUAGCAUACUGAUUUUUUUAAGAGCUGAUACCAAAGUACUGAUUAUUUCAAACUACAAGAAGUGUUAUUCCCAAGAACCACUAAUGUGGUAUGAAGUAUGUAUUAAUAAAAUGGCACCACCUUCUUAGAAAAUGCUAUCAUACUGUUAUGCCCAAUGGAAGUGUAUUGCUGUGUACUGUUCAGCAGAGAUGUCAACUUCUUGCAACCAUGGAUUACUAAGCUUCAGUUUUAGGAUUUAUUCCACUUUGUCAGUCUAUGAAUCACUUAAGUGCUCUAUUUAUAAAACAGGGUGUCACUUUUUGUUCUACAUAAAAUGCCUCAGAAGAAAAUAAAGAUAAUAAAUGCA